CGCCCACACAGCGGGCCGUUCUCUGUCUCUGAGCUGCUCAGGGGCUUGGAGAAGCAGGCGCUCCUGUUGCUGCCCCACAGCCAGCUCUUCAGCCUCCCUGUGGUGCCCGGUCUGAGCAGGGUGGUGGCGGCAGCUGGGGCACCUUCCCCGAGAAGCCUGCGGCCGUGGGUGUGGGACGCAAGCUCCUUCUGUCUCCGAGGCUCCUUCCUGCGUGAACAUGGGGGCCCCGCGCGUCCCCGAGCGGACAGUGCUCUUCCAGCGCGAGAGGAGCGGCCUGACGUACCGCGUGCCCGCGCUGCUGCCCGUGCCCCCCGCGCCCACCCUGCUGGCCUUCGCGGAGCAGCGGCUCAGCCCCGACGACGCGCACGCGCACCGGCUGGUGCAGAGACGGGGCACGCUGGCGGGGGGCUCCGUGCGGUGGGGCGCCGCGCGCGUGCUGGGGACGGCCGCCCUGGAGGAGCACCGGUCUAUGAACCCCUGCCCAGUGCACGACGCGCGCACGGCCACCGUCUUCCUCUUCUUCAUCGCCGUGCGGGGCCGCACCCCCGAGGCCGCGCAGAUCGCCGCGGGCAGGAACGCCGCGCGCCUCUGCUGCGUGACCAGCCGGGACGCGGGGCGCAGCUGGGGCGCCGCCCGGGACCUCACGGAGGAGGCGGUGGGCGGUGCCGAGCAGGACUGGGCCACAUUUGCCGUGGGCCCGGGCCACGGCAUCCAGCUGCGCUCAGGCCGCCUGCUGGUGCCUGCCUACACGUACCACGUAGACCGGCGGGAGUGCUUUGGCAAGAUCUGCAGGACCAGCCCGCAUGCCUUCACCUUCUACAGUGACGACCACGGUCGCACCUGGCGCCACGGAGGCCUGGUGCCCAACCUUCGCUCGGGCGAGUGCCAGCUGGCCGCGGUGGACAGCGGGCAGGCCGGCCACAUCCUGUACUGCAACGCCCGGAGCCCCCUGGGGAGCCGCGUGCAGGCGCUCAGUGCGGACGAGGGCACCUCCUUCCUGCCCGGGGAGCUGGUGCCCGCCCUGGCCGAGACCGCCCGGGGCUGCCAGGGCAGCGUCCUUGGCUUCCCUGCCCCACUCUUUAGCAGGCCGAGGAAUGGUAGAUGGCCAGUGGGUGCCGGGAGCCACUCCUACUCUCCACACCUCUGUCUUGGAGUCCAGGAACCCUCAGAGGAGGGUACUGGAGACACCCAAGGGGCCCAGGGGCCCAGCGGGAUGGAGGGAUGUAGGGACAGCCCCGAAGAGCCUGGCCUGGGGCCUGGGCUCCGUGGGAUCAUGGCGGCCUGGACCUCGAAGGUCCCCGGGCCCCCUGCCACCCUGUCUCAGAGCCCCACCUGGCUGCUGUAUUCCCACCCGGUGGGGCGCAGGGCUCGGCUCCAUAUGGGAAUCUAUCUGAGCCGGUCCCCCCUGGAUCCCCACAGCUGGACGGAGCCCUGGGUGAUCUAUGAGGGGCCCAGCGGCUACUCUGAUCUGGCAUCUGUCGGGCCAACUGUCAAGGGAGCCCUGACCUUUGCUUGUCUGUUUGAGAGUGGGGCCAGGGUCUCCUACGAGGAGAUCUCCUUCUGCAUGUUCUCCCUUGGUGAGGUCCUGCAGAACCUGCCGCCGGGCCCCAAGCCACCCGGCCUCGGGGACAAGCGUCUGGAGCGCUGCCGGCCUUCCUGAUGGGCUCUCUGGUCCGACCCAUUUGUACAUACCUCAUAGUAUGCUUUGAAAUAAGAAACAAAAGUGGGCAGACUUCUAGGAGACAUAGAUCCACAGUUACAGUAGAAAAUUGUAGAUACAAGUCUCAAUGACUGACAGAGUGAGCAGACAAAAUCAGGUUGCGCACAGAAGCUUUGGCCAACUUGCCCAAGAAGCUUCACUCAGUGGACACACGCACAGCACUGCACAGAACAGAAUCUACAGUCUGUUGGAGUACACGUAGGUGUGAAAAUUGACAUUAUAUUGGAUUAUGAAGUCAAGUCUCUAGAAGACUUCAAAGGAUUGAAAAUCACAGUGAAAUUGAGCUAGAAAUGAAAACAAAAGGAAACUUAAAAUCUUCCUUGUGGGGGCACCUGGGCGGCUCAGUCAGUUCAGCAUCCGACUCUUGAUUCCGGCUCAGGUCGUGAUCUCGGGGCUCCUGGGACCGAGCCCUGCGUUGGGCUCCGCGCUGAGCUUGGAAUUCUGUCCCUCCCUCUCCCUCUACCCCUUCCUUGCUUCUCUGUGUCUCUCAAAAAAAAAAAUUUUUUUUUCCAAUCUUGUGUCUGAAAAUUGAGAAACACAAUUCUGAAUUUACCCCUGGUUCAAAGAAGACGCUACAGUGAAAAUGGAAAAAGACGUUGAAGUUAAUUGUGUGAGCACCGCAGGCAAUCUGUGAGUUGAGCUGAGCCAGGUGGGUCCCGUGGGGGCGGGGGUGGGGGGAGGUGCCGUGAUGCCAGCACCUUAGAAAGUGGCAGUAAGUGAAGUCCAAGGAAGCAGAACUAGAGGGACAGGAGACUUCAGACACCAGAGGGAAUGGCCAGAGCCAGAGCUGGGUUUUUAGAAAGCUAGUAAAACUGAUAACCCCCUCGAGGGGCUGGUCAUAAAAGACACAAAACGCACAAAUCCAGUAUCAGGAACGAGAUGGGACACACGAGGAGGGCCCUACAGAUGUUCACAGGUUUCAAGAAGAUACUAGGAACCAUUUAUAUGAAUGGACAAUUCCUGGAAAAAUACAACUUAUUAAAGACAAAA